CUAUUGAGAAGUCGUGUCUAGAGUGUGGAGAAAGCUAAACAAGCCCACUCUUCUUUCUCUCUCCUUCUCUUUCUAUAUCAAUCCUCGCGGAGACAUUGGCGAAUAAUGGAAUCCAACGAAUUUGAAGAUUCCUUAUAAGUGGGAGUGAGUGAAAGCUGCAAAAAAUUGUGCUUCUGCUCUGCUUGUUUGCUUCGCACGCGCGCAGAUUGUGGUUUAAUCGAUUUCGAUUCUUAAGUUUUCGAGUACUAAAAACUAGAAACUCUUAAGAUUUGUGAUCAUCAGAGAUUGUGCGUCUUAGCUGAAACAAGUACACGAUUUUCGCCAAUUUUCUCUUUGGAAGUAAAAACUAGGUAGUCGCAGAGGGUGUGCUUCAGGUUCUUGCUUUGAUUAUAGUUCGUUCAUGGAUUGUCCACCAAAUGAUCGUUAAAAUAGAGCUUUCUUCUGUGUUUUGUGUUAUUCAAGUGCUGUAAUAUAAUAAAAUUGCAUAAAGGUUGUGGUUGAUACUAGUUUAUGUUAGCAAUGGGACUUCUAAUGCUUAAUUCGACUGGACCACCGAUAAAACGAAGGGCAGGUUUGAGGAUAAAACAAGCUGGAAGAGGUUCUUAUCGGGGCAGCUAGGGAAGGUUUUUUAGUGAGAUAAUUUGGCCAAAUUUGUUAUAUGUAUUAGAUAUUUGUGUAUUUCUUGGAAAGUCAACGAAUGGGAACUACUGCUUUGAGGCAGCUGUUGAAAAGUCUUUGCCAUGAUUCACUCUGGCAUUAUGCCGUGCUAUGGAAGCUUAGGCAUGAGAGCCCAGCAAUAUCACAUGUUCGUCAACUGGUUUUCAGCUUAUACGUCCAUCAUGAUGUCAUUGCUUAAAGAUGGAGUUGUAAGCAAUGUUAUAGGAUGGUUGCUGUUGGAUCAUUUGGUGUCCUUUUAAUGAAGAUUGAUGUAGGAUUUUGAGUUGGGAAGAUGGGUACUUUAAUUAUCCAAAACCAAGAGAAUUUGUGGAAAGCUGCAAGGGUGCAACUGAUAUAUUUUCUCCUCAGUUUGAAACAAACACAUCCAGUAGUAGCAUGGAGGAUUAUCCAGUUGAACUUCUUGUGGCUGACAUGUCACAUCUUCAGUAUGCCUUGGGAGAGGGGGUUGUUGGCAGAGUUGCUUUUACAAGGGUCCAUUGCUGGGUUUCCUUCAGCAAUAUUUUCACUGGUGAUGUCCAGUUAAUUCCCAAGCAGUGUCCAGAAGAAUGGCUACUUCAGUUUGCAUCAGGUAUCAAGACUAUUUUGCUGGUACCAGUGCUUCCACAUGGUGUUUUGCAACUAGGGUCCUUAGAAGAGGUUGCUGAAGAUGUCAAUGUAGUAGCGAAUGUCAAAGGUAGAUUCUUUAACCUUCACAGUGUAACAGGAGAUGCUUCAACUUCCCCCUUAAAGGAGGAAUUUCAAGCUGAGCCAUCAUGCCCACUCGUAUCUUGUGCCAUUUCCAUUGAAAGCUUGAAUGCACCAUCUACUACUGCAUUUACAUCAGUGGAGACCAAAGAUUUAAAUCAUUCAAUAGCUGUGACCAAAGUCAAGUUAAAUAAUAAAAAUUUGUCCUCUGCAAGUCAAGUUCAACCCCUGAUAACUAUUGAAGAUUCAUUUAUGCCAGAUGGAAAAGAUCUGCUAGAAGCUUCUCUUCAGUAUGAAAGAGAAAAUAGGAUUUAUGUGCCACCUAUUAGUCCUGCUGAAAUAUCAGCUCCAAGUGUAUCUAUAAAUGCCAGCCAACUGGAGAUUGCGGAGAGCAAGCUGUUUGAGCUGUCUUGUCUGAUGGAAGAACUGAAGGCAUAUCCUGACUGUAAUGAGUACAAUUUGGGAAUGCCUGGAGAAUUCUCUAAUGGAAUUAUGAGUUCUUAUCCUGCUGGUGGAAUAGUAGGGGAACCAUCUGGAGGCAAGGCUACUAUGGAUACAAAUACAUUUCCUGAGGACAGUGAAUUGCAUAAAGUGCUUGGACCGAGACAGACCAAUGAAAGGUUGUGGGAUUCAUCUUUCUUGGCUGAGUAUACCUGUGGCACCUCAUGUUUCACCUGCAACAAAGAUCCAAGUAAAAAAACUGAGGCAUCUUGGUUUGCUAGAGAAGGUGAUGCUGGAUAUCUGUUGGAAGCUGUCGUUGCCAAUGCAUGUAGUGGUUCAGAUGACACUUCUAUUACAUCUGAUAGUUUCAAGUCAUCUACUACUUUGUCAGGAAACUUUGCUGCGUCCUCUAAACCUCAAAACCAUUCAAAAGCAAGUACCUUGGUGAAGAAUGAUUCUACACCAUGGAACCAUCUUAGAUCAGCAUGUGUUAUCGGGAGCAAGAACUCUGAUAAUCCUUCAAGUACUUUAAGGAGCAUGAUGGACACAAUUUUUAACAAGGAACAGCAUGAAAGAGUAUCUGACAGAGCACAUUUUCAGAAAGGGCAUAAAGCAACUGUCAGCAAAAGAAGGGCCAAACCUGCUGAUAACCAAAGGCCAAGACCAAGGGAUAGACAGCUGAUUCAAGAUCGGGUGAAGGAGUUGCGAGAUCUUGUUCCCAAUGGGGCAAAGUGUAGCAUUGAUGGACUUUUGGAUCGAACCAUAAGGCACAUGCUGUAUUUACAAAGUGUAACUGAUCAGGCUGAGAAGUUGAGGCAAUGCAUGCAUAAGGAGCUUGAUGGUGACGAGGAUUGGAGUUCUUACGAUACCAAGGAAAACUGCCAAAGUGGAACAAGCUGGGCGUACGAAUUUGGAAAUGAGUUCCUAGCCUGCCCUAUACUUGUGGAAGAUCUUGCAUGUCCUGGACACAUGCUCAUUGAGAUGCUUUGUAAUGAGAACUGCCUCUUCUUAGAGAUUGCCCAAGUGAUUCGGGGCUUAGAGUUGACCAUCUUGAAGGGCGUACUGGAAAGCCGAUCAAACAACACAUGGGCUAGGUUUGUUGUAGAGGCUUCCAAGGGAUUCCACAGACUGGAUAUCUUCUGGCCUCUGAUGCAGCUUCUGCAGCGCAAAAGGAGUCCUAUCUCGAGCAAGAUUUGAUGCAUCAUCCCUUUAUAUUAGCUAGUCAGAAGCUUUGUCAAUAGCUUGAAUUUCCUUUUUGAAACAAUAAAAGUUGCAAUAUUAGAGACUAUCAUUAUAAGGAUUAUUAUCGUUUUUCUUGCAAUGAAGUGCCAGGGUUUCCUA